AUGUGGAGGUCAUGGAUCGAUCUACUGCUAUUGUUUGCUCUGUUUCGUUCUUCAUACUUAUCUAGUUCUGAUCAGAAAAUAAAUCUCUUCAAUGAAGAUGAUUCAAGAUCUCGUCUUGUGAUGCUUGAUGGUAAUAUGUAUUUUCAUGCUGCACGAGAGAAAAAUAUAUCGUUUAUAGCGGGUACUGGUGGCUCAAUUUAUUUUGGCGAAAAAAAUCUUAUGUUAUUGCCAGAACUGACUGAAUCUGAAGUCAUGAAGAAAGAACUGGACAAAACUAAGGGUCGCGUUCAUCAGCUCGUAAGAAUGACUAAUUUAUUCAAGCAACAGAUUAAAUUGAAAAGUGGCGAUGUUGCGGCUCUGAACAGAAAAGUUAGUUAA